GAUAGUGUCAUUAAACUUAUCAGCUUGGUCUCUCCAUCCAUCUCUGUGACAGCACACAGCUAGCCUCUCUUUUAUCGACAACAUUCGCUCUCACACAAAGCUCUUUCAAAAUUCGACACGUCGCAUAUACACAAAAGUGCUCAUAUACAUACAAACACGCUCUCUACAUACAUCCAACACAACCAAUACAGCACAACACUCAACCGAUAUCAUCUUACACAACCGAUACACCUACAACACACGCAAUCAAACACACAACUCACAAAACUCCAAACACCACAUACACAACACACAAACCAGUCAACAUGAAGUUCUCACUCCUCACCCUCAUCACUCUCGUCAGCGCCGCGUCCGCAAUCAGCGUCGACGCCGGCCUCAUCAAGAGGCAAUGCAUCGCAGAAGGAGGUCUCUGCUUCACAAGCACCACAGAAGUAGACAAGCCCUGCUGCGGCGGCCUCAUCUGCAACACCGACCCCGCGCGCAAUAAUGCCAACGUGUGCGGCAAGAAGCCCGCCGAGAAGAGGGACGUCCCGGAGCCUCUGCCUGUACCGCGGGCAAUGCCUGAGAUUCCUCGCGAUGAGCCCAUCUGGGGAUAAGUGGGAAACGACAAGACGAUCAGGAGGGAAACAGUAUGGCAGGAGAGGGACUUCUACCUAGGCCGUUGUUCUGGCCAACAAGCGUACGAUUAUGACUUUUAUAUUCUUUCUACUUUCAAUCUUCUUCGAUGACUCAACCAUCACAACGGCUUGGUUGCUAGGGACGGGGACAACUUUAGACUUGAUACCACAUUUCUUAGCGUUUUUUUGAGAUACCAACUUUUCGAUAUCAUUCAAAGAAUCUAUUUACUUUGUACUUGCUCCUGGGGUACUUCUUGAUGAGUCUUGUGGUCUGAAUCGUGGACAUGCCCCAAAAGCUAGAUGACGAGAUCGCUCUUAUGCCUGCCAUCUUGGAACACUACAUGUGUUGAAGAAAAUCAUCUCACUUUGUCUUGGUACUUUCACUCCAGUAAACCUUUCCAUUUGGCAAAUAUGACCUGCACACCGAAGAUCCCCUCACCGCGUAG